GGUUAGCUUGACUGACCGUUGAGACGGAGGUCAAACUCCAUGUUAUCGUGUUGUGUUGCAACUUGCUAGCUUUGAAAGAGUUAACGUUAGCCUGGUGCCGAGCGGUGUUUUCUUAACGUGCUUCGGGUAGCAACGAGUCUGUGUUGAAACGAGUGAAGCAAUGUUUAUCUGCUAACAGUUAGCUUAGGAUAUCAGCUGUAUCAAUAGACCCAAUCUCACAAUACUGGGGAGUUUUGUGGCAUAGUUGGGUCACUCGUGGGGAAAAAUUUGACUAGUAGUAACGUUAGCUCUACUGCAACAUCAUCUUCAUCCUUGACAUCAUUGGACUUAACAGGAAGUUACAUUUUAUUAGGUAACUCAGCGCAGCCAUGAGGAAGGUUUGGACCAAAGCAGGUGUGUUCGGCUCGGCGUCAGUGGUCUUUGGUUCGAUGUUGUGGUCGCAGAAGAAGACUAAACCAGACCACCCCGCUUCCGGUUCCUCUCCUGCUGACACAAACACCAGAUCUCCCUACGAACUGAAACUGGUCCAAGUCGUGUUCCGACACGGUGCUCGAACACCGCUGAAGUCAAUACCUGAUGUGAUGGAGGCCCAGUGGGUGCCGACUCUCUUGGAGCCUCCGGCACACACCCACAUCAACUAUAAAGUGACAGAUCUUGAUGGUGGCCCCAGGCCCCCGGCUCUUGUGGAAGAGAGCUACCGGAAAAACACGCUGACCGGUGGCACGUACCCCGGUCAGCUGACCACAGUGGGCAUGCAGCAGCUGUAUGAGCUGGGCAAGAGGCUGAGGAGGAGAUACAUUGAGGAGAGUCCUUUCCUCAGCUCCACCUUUAGCCCGAUGGAGGUCUAUGUUCGCUCCACUAACAUUGUGAGGACCAUUGAAUCUGCCAAGUGCCUGGUAGCAGGGCUCUUCCAGCAAAAACAAAAAGAAAUUGUGCCUAUAGUAACAACGGAUGCAGAAUCUGAAAUCCUGUAUCCUAACUACCACGGAUGCAAGCUGCUCAAAUCCCUCGGCAGCCACCGCUGGGCAGAGUCGGCCACUCUGCCAGACAUUGCAGCAGACCUGCAGAGCAUCCAGAACGCACUGGGCAUCGCUGCUCACCAGCGCAUCGACUUCAUCCUCAUUAGGGACGACAUGGUUGCCAGAGAGACGCAUGGCCUGCCCUGCCCAUCAGUGCUGGACACCUGGAGGAAUACAGUGGAACAGAGAGCAGUUGACAUGAUCUGCCAUGUGUAUGAACCCAGCAAGAGGGAGAACUUGCAGCUGUGUGUUGGACGCCUCCUGCACACACUUUUAACCAACAUAGAUGAGAAAGUACAGGGCACCUCAUCAGAGCCAAACAGGAAGCUAUUUUUGUACUCUGCACACGACACUACUUUGAUUCCCUGUCUGAUGGCUCUGGGGGUGUUUGACAUGAGAUGGCCACCGUAUGCCGCUGACAUGACUCUGGAGCUGCACCAACAGCAGCAGACCAACAAGUCCUUCGUUAAAGUGUCAUACGUGGGCGAGGAUCUACUUAUACCAGGUUGUAGUGGAGUCUACUGCCCUCUGGAGGAGUUCAAACAGGUCCUCUCAGCAUACUCACUGAGCUCUGACCUCUACCAGUCACUUUGUAACAGCACAGAGGACCUGACCGAUCCCUGAACCCUCAGCAAACGGUCACGUCUCAACACAGUGCUACUCAUGACAUUACACUCUAACAGGUAUCACGCAUCAUGUUUUUUUACGUCCUCCGUUUCUCACUCCAUCCAGCCAGCAUCACCAGGGGAAACUUGUUAGGUGUAAUAGUCCUGGAUCACAGCCUGAAGUUUUUUCAGUUCAUAUCACUUUUAACUUCAAUGAUAAUUGCUAAUCUUGAUGAAACCGUUGCAGUAGAAUGUUCCACUAAGGUAUUAAUUUAAUGAUUAUGGCAUAUUGACAAGUGUAAGUGCAGAAUUAUUAAGCUAUACAGUGUUUACGUGAUAUCAGAUGC